UGCAUGCAUUCACAUGCACACUAGUGACAUCAUGGAGCAUGUACUGAUUUUUUAAAAAUAAUUAUUAUUUUUUGGAUUCUUUGAAAUAGUCCGCAUUACCAUCAUGCAUCACUCGAUCUACUACUACUGUACUAUCACUUCUUACUUGCUUCCGUUUAUUUAUUUGUCUCCGGCGUUUUCUUGCAAAGCGAGUCAGUUGUACUAAGCUAGUGGUUUUUACGAAGCAGCUGUCGAAUUAGCUCGCACAUCGCUCGUAGUAGUUUCUUGCCAGCGCUUCUAGAAGCCAUGCUACGUACGUGUACACAGAUGUAUCGUGAUUUUUGAAGAGCUUUACGAGACUUCUACAAUGCCAUGUAGCUUGUUGUUCAUGCAUAUCAUUACUACUCAUGCCAGUAUCUAGCCAAGAACCAAGUAUGCCUGGUGAACGGAACGAAGCUUUGUGCUCCUUCGAAUAUAUUGAUCGUCGUAACACCAGGAAUCAUUUGUGCAUGGCAUGCUGUCAGUGUGAGGCAUUAGACAUGGUAGGGGACAGUAUUGUGCGUGGCGAGGCCCCCAGUUCGGAGAUGAUGGCAGAGCUACGUGAUGACGUAUUGGAUAGACUGCGCAUACCCAGUGCUGGUGGUGCUCGUAAGCUGGAAGUAGCCUUACUGAUACCUAAUGCAUUUAUUGGACUAGUGCUAUUCCUGGGGUCUCUUCAUUUUGCCCUGGCUGUCAUCACGCCGUUUCUACUGAUGGCCGGCGUUAACUUUCUCUACCAGCUAUGGAGACGCGGCGCUGUGAGCGGCAACUUGUUCCUUAGUGCCGUACCAUCCAUACUACUGUGGAUAUACAGCAUCAGUGUGUUAUACAUCACACCGACCUGCUCCGUGCAGCUCAUAGUCAUUAUUCACGGAGGAUUCUUACUGCUAGCGUAUUGUAUACGCCAAACGCAAUCUGUCAAUCCCGGUGUGCUGCCGCCGAAGUAUUCACUAGAAUCGCCGGAGGGCCAUGUUGUGGCUCUUCCUGUUGAUGCAUGCGGCAAGUGCGGCGCUGUGCAGCAAGAGCUUAGUAGGCACUGCAGGUUUUGCAAACACUGCGUGCGGCGCUAUGAUCAUCACUGUGUCUGGCUUGACUGCUGUAUUGCAGCGCAGAAUCAUCGCUGGUUUCUCUCAGUACUCAUCAUGCUGAUCGUGAUGAGCUAUGCCUAUCUGGUAUGUGCUGUGCGUGCCGACUGCUCUUCUUAUCCUGGCAUUCCAGAGGAGAUUGCAUCAAACUGGCACAAGGGCACCUGCCUGAUGUAUGCUUUCGCUUAUUGGAAAUCUUCAUUCAUACUGGCUACGACUGUGACUGUGACUCUAAUGACCAUUGGCUUGCACAUGCUGCUGUUUCAACAGUGCUUAAUGAUCAGUGCUGACCUGACAUAUGUAGAGGCAUUGAAAGCAUCUCGUGAGGGCAAUGGUUUACUCUGGUUGCUGAGACGCUAUACGCUGUCUAGGGUGCUGCAGAGUUGGCUUUUAUUCUUGAAAGGUUGGCCCAAUUCUAUCCCCAUGCAGUCUGUAUAGGAAUGCCAUGUUGGUAUAAUACCAGUAAUAAGUUGAUAUUUUCCGUACACAAACUUCUUCUUUCAAACUAGACUACCGCUGAGAAAUAGAGGUAUGGAUUAUUACUCUUUGAAAAGUCCCUUUUUUAAUAGUGCCACAAAACACAUCAUAUGCCACUUUCACAACAUAUUAUUUUUAUUUCUAAUAAUUUAUCCUGUAAUAAUCUAGCUGAACAUUUGAAAUUCGUUGUGGCCAAGGCCGUUAUAGUUUCCAUCCUUUCACAAAAUGUCCACAAAACUUAUACAAUUAUCUUUUAUUAACUCGGGUGCUGAGCCAAUAAUAGGUGUAAAAAGGAUAUCCAUGUGUCCCUUUCCUUUGUACGAGUGAAUGAUGAUAGCAGGUAUCAUGGCCAAACAAUGCCUGCAUUCAUUGGUCGGUGUAUGUUGCAUGGUUUGCCAAGACGGAUUUUACUCUUUUUUUACAUCGCACCUGCAGUUAUCGGUUUCCACGGUGAUUUUAUCCUUUUUGAUUUAUAAAUUAAUAUAACUUUGAACCCGUGA